AUGCCAGUGGGUGCAUUCAGUAUCAGCGCGCGAGGGAGAGGCACUGGUUUGUAUCUGAAGUGUGUAGAAGGGGGGAAGGAACUUGAAGAAAAGGAAGGUAAACGAGUUAAAAGUGGUUUUCAUGGCUUCUGGGUUACAGAUCCAAGGGGACGAGUCCGUGCUCUUGCGCGUAACACAUUCCAACCUCAAGUCCUUCUCCGCCGACAUUCGCUUCUCGCUUCAGAUUACUGUGGAAUCCGUGAAAGAAAAACUCUGGAGAAAAUGUGGCACUUCCGUUAAUUCUAUGGGCCUUCAGCUCUACGACGAUACCAACACCAAGAUUUCGGAUUUGACCGACAAUUCGAGGCCCUUCGGAUUCUAUUCUCCGCUUGAUGGGUACCGGUUACAUGUUAUAGAUCUUGACCCUGCAUCGGUAACCUCUGGUGGUUGGCUGGAAGACACUUCAUUGGUGGAGAAAUACUCCAUUUCAGAAGAAGCUUAUGAGAAACGUGAUGGAACUUUUAGAAAAUUUAAGGGAAAAUUGACCUCCCAAAAUCCAUCAACUCCCGGGAACAAGAUACCUGACAACUACAUGGAAAAUCUAUGUGCCAAUAUCAAGCUAGGAGAUAGAUGUGAAGUUGAACCAGGGGAGAAACGAGGUACUGUAAAAUUUGUGGGUCUGGCAGAAAACCUGGCACCUGGUUACUGGGUUGGAGUUCAAUAUGAUGAACCACUGGGAAAACAUGAUGGCAUGGUGAAAGGAGUACGAUACUUUGAUUGCCCUCCGCUUCAUGGUGCAAUGGUUAGGCCAGACAAAGUAAAGAUUGGCAACUACCCCGAAAGAGAUCUCUUUGAAGUGGACGAAAUAUAAGCAGGUCAUGAAGAGACUACUCCGGUGCUUCGUGUUUUUAUGUAAUGCUUAUAACCUUCUGGAUGUAUUGAGACAGCAACUUCUUUACUUGGAUCUGUUACAAUUAAGACAUUUUUGGCUUGAGGGAUUGAUUUCAACUCUUAAGCGGUAUUGAGAUGAGGAAGGAAUGGAACUCUUGGCUCAAGUGUUCUAGCAGCAGUCUAGAUGUAUUUUUGUGUGGAGGACAUACUAUAAUUUUUCAGGGUCGCCAAAAAGGUCGGGGCAGGGAGUGAAACAUGCUGCAAUUCCCAAGUAUGAUGAACGAUUACUCACUAGAAUCAGCUGAUUUUCUUCUGAGUGAAAAACAAUGAUGAAUGAUUUCUAUUUUCUAACCAUACAAAGGAGCUGUGUUGCGAACA